GGGGCCGCGGAACUCGCCAAUGGCGACCUCGCGGCAGAGUGCCCCAUCACCAACGCCAAGCAGCAGAUUUUAAUGGGCGUAUUCAUGGACGACCUGAUCCGCAUCUUUGCGCUCCCCGAUGGGCCGCCGCGUGCAAGAUGGGCGCUCGCUGUGGACUACCUCGACAACGUCGCCCUCGCCGAGUGCAUCCACGUGACAGGUCGCCGCCAGAGCGUCGAGAAGCAGGGCGCGCUCGUUUAUGCUAACAAAGCCAGGGUCACCCGCGACGUAGAGCACCGCAUCGCAGGCGCCAGCGUCGCCGACCUCGCCCGCCUCCGCGGCCCCGUCGCUCCCGCGGGCUCCAACGGCACGGAGAUUCGCGAGUGUAUCAAGGCAGCCGCCGUAGGAUGGGCGCGCCCGGGCAACUACUGGACUUGCCUUGGCCCGUGGAUGUAUAAACGCAGCGCCUUCGUUGCUGGCGUCGCUGGGCGAGCCUGGUCUGCCAUGGGGAGCUGCGUCUUGACAGCAGCCGGGCGCAGCGAGCUCGAC